AUAAAUUUUAUUGAUGAAAAUAAUCAUUUGUUUCCGGAAACCAAUUUCCAAGAGGAACGUUCUUCAUCAAAUGCUAAUUACGGCUACAACAAUGAUCUUCCCAUGAUGAACAAUAAUUCAAUGUCUUACGUGGGUGCGAUUUCGAAUCAACAACAAAUGGCCGGCUCUAAUGCUUCAAUUCAAUUAUGCCCUCCGUCAUAUGGUUCACGUUAUACUGGUCAUGCUAAUACUAGCGAAGAACAAAAUCCCUCGUUGUCUACUAAUUAUACCUCAUCACUUAACAUGGCUACCAAUCCACCACCUCAAUCUAAUCCUGGAAUUUUCAAAUUUGAAAUUCCUGGUGCAAUUCUUGAUAAAGUUGGGUGGGAAGAAUUACAAUAUGAAUCUUCAAGACCUUCUCCUCGUUGCGUAUUCGCAAUUUUCAUAAUCCAAGUUCAAGCCACCGGACAUUACAACGAUUAUGAAGAUUGGGAACAUGAUUAUCCCGAUAAUUGUGAAGAACUAUUCAAAACAAAAAAUUGUAACAAAUGUCAAAAACUCAUGUGGGAUCAUUUCGAAAACCCUGGACAAUGUGCUACGGCCUUCAAUGAUUCCAAUGAAUCUCCAAAACCAUAUGAUCUUGAAUACUUUGAGAAAGGUGUGACUAAAUACUGCCAUCAAGACUUUCAUUGUGAACAAAGAGAAGUUGAAAAAAUCUAUAAAAAGAUUGAAAAGGUUUGCUCAAAAGAAUUAUCGGUUAAGUUUGAUUGGAGUGCACAUCCUAAAACUUAUAAAGAUAAAACCGCUUAUGCUGCUUAUGGAACUUUACUCGUCUACUAUACUGGAAUCCCCAGUCGAAAAGCCAUCUGCUUAAAGAAUGACGAUGGCGAUCUUUGCAGUAUUAAAUUCAACAAGAAAUUUGUUAAAUGGAUGAAGAAGGUGACUAAAUCUGACCCAGAAGCUAUUGUUAGCCAUGACUACCAAUUCGUUAUCAAAGGAAAUGGAAAGAAAAUCCGUAUCCCAAAAUCGUUCCAAUGCGAUCCAUGCUGGAGAAAAAUGGCCAAGAUUUUCAUUGAAAAACAUAAAUUAAAGAAAUCUAUUGAAGAUAACCUUUGGGGAUCUGAACAUCACCACGAUGAUCUUCCACACUGUAUUAAUAAACGUGGUUUGGCUCAAGUAUUAAACGAAAGAAGUGAAUUGAAUGUUAACAAACGUAGCGCAAUGCCUUCCUUUGGUGUUUCAAGACAUUCUUUAACAAUUUAA